CUUUACAUAACUGCAAGAUUUUCAACAAAGUUCUUUAUUGGCCUACGCCCUUCAAAGCCCUCCAACCACAGCAUCUCUGCUUGUAAAGGCGGUAUUUCCCGUCAGUCAACCGUUGAGAGUUAACAAUAUGCUUUGCGGCGCAUUAAAAUCAAUGGAAAAUGUAAAUGGCCGAAAUGCGUCGGGAUGUAGUGCCUUAAAAUUUUUCAGGGUUUUUGCUUCACAAGGUUUCUGAAUAGUUUUCAAGGUUUCUUAAAAACAAGACAACAUAGUUUUCGAUUUGGCGCAUGUUGAAUAAACUUAUUAAGACAGAAUAGAGUGAAUGGCUUUGUUUAUUAAAGAAUACCAGCAUUAAUAAAACCUCGAAAACAAAUCUGUGGUAAGUGACGCAAAAGAAGGUCAACAAUUGCGGUCAUUGUUACAAAAUGUUUUUCUUGCAACAAAAUCAAAAAUAUUACAACAAGAAUGAUGUUAAGAUAAACUCUCUGAUCCUGUCUUGUCAUGGCUGUCGAUUCUUCAUCUAGCUGUUUGGCCGAAAAUUGCAUACGAAAAAGUACCAAGCCCCAUGAAAAUGUUGCACAAGGAGAAAACUUGAAACGCUCGCUUGGAUUUAAACACUUGUUCUUCUAUGUAGUUGGAGCUUUAGUUGGAUCUGGGAUAUUCAUCUCGCCGCACAUGGUCGCCCAACAGACAAAUAGCAUGGAAGUGGCAUUGAUCGUUUGGGUAGGGUCAGGCAUUGCCUGUGUUCUAGGUGCCUUGUGCUUUUGCGAAUUAGCAAAUUUUUAUGGGAAAACAGGAGGAAUGUACCUCUUCAUUAAAUAUGUUUAUGGGGAUAUCGGUGGCUUUCUUACAGUAUGGACACAAAUUUUCAUCAUUAGUCCUGCUGGUAUUGCAAUUAUGGCAGCUACGAUCGGACAGCAAGUGGCUAGCUUUUUCUAUGAAACAAAAACCCUCGAAGAAGAAUUGAUUGUUAGAGCAGUUGCCAUUUUAUGUGUGGUAGUGAGUUUCAUUUGUAGCUGUAAUAGCACGAACUUCGCAGCAAAGGCCCAAAUAGUCUUCACAGCUGUUCAGAUAAUCAUAAUCUUACUGACCCUCGUGCUUGGGGUAUGGAAUGCAUCUAAUGGCGACGCCAAACUGUACAGUCAAGGAUUUAAAUCAGCAAGGCCAUUUGAUUUUGAAACUCUAAACUUGGCACUUUACAGUGGCCUCUGGGCUUAUGAUGGCUGGGGGUUCAUUUGCAAUCUUGUCGAAGAGACACAAAAUCCUGAGAGAAACCUCUGGCUUUCCAGUUUGACGGGAAUCUUGUUUGUUACGUUCUGUUACGUAGCUAUAAACCUCUCUUUUAUGACGAAAUUGUCCUUUCUGGAAAUAGGAAAGUUCCAGUCACCAUUUUCGGCGUUCAUUAGCCGAAGCCUUGGUAACGAUUUUGUAUUUAUUGUUCCAAUCCUAAUUUCUUUGGCGUGUUUUGGAACGAUGAACGCUUGGCUUUUCACGUCGGCGAGGUCAUUGCUAUCUGCAUCACGCGAGGGACAGUUUCCAACACUUUUCUCCUUUAUUCAUCAAGAGAAAAGAAUUCCUAUAUUAGCGCUGCUGAAAAUAUCUGUUUUAACAACAGUGUGGAUUUUAGUAGCAGGCAGUAGAGUUGAAAUACUUUUGACAUACUUUUCGUUUGCGAUCUGGCUGAUCUAUGGCAUGGCACUAUUUAGCGUAUUGGUUCUUCGCUACGAAUGUCCAAACGCUGAGAGGCCUUACAAAGUAUUCAUAGCUUUUCCUCUAAUUAUGAGUAUCGUUUCCAGUUAUUUGAUGAUUGCAUCCUUCAUCAAAAUGCCAUUGCAAAGUGGCAUUUGCCUUAUAAUUCUUUUAUCGUCAAUACCAUGUCACUUUAUUUUUAUAAAAAAUAGCCACCAGCUACCGGAACGCUGGAAGAAGUUAACAGAGAGGUUUUAUCAAAAAAUUUCAAAUCAUUUUGGAUUGGUUCCUUGUAUCCUGAAGGAAGAAGAAGACAGCGACAAAAUCUUGCCAAAAGGCGAAAACAAUACUAUGUCAGAUUGAAUUCAAUGAAGUUUUGUGGUGCAUUUAAAUUUCUACUCAGGGUAUCAGAGUCGCAAAAAUUUAACGGCAGCAAAACAAUAACGAGAGCUGCGGAGGCGAAAGAGAGAGAAAAAGGAAGGAGAGAGAAGGCUCCUUCGCAGCUCUCAUUAUUUUUUGUUGCCGUUAAAUUUUUGUGGCUCUGGUACCCAGGGUAUUAAAUUUCAUUUGAUGAAAUAGAAUAACGACUUUGUGCAAGUAUAUAAUUUCCAGUUCGUCUUACGACGUGGAACGUAAGACGAGAUGGAAAUAUGAAGGGGGUGGGAAGCGUAUAGAUAAGAUAAAGUGAAAAUAAAUAAUAGCUGGAUUAGGAAAGAGACGAAAAUUGUUUAUUAAGACCAUUAGGAAUAAGAGUACCAAGAUUAAAAGUAAUAAGUUUUUCGAGGGUUUUGCAUUUAGUGUUGUUACGAGGUGGUUAGCAAAGUCCAGUGAUUUUCAUGUUGGCUGGUGUAUGGCCAUCUCUGUUGAAAUGAAUUGAGACUGUUGCAUCUGGGUCCUCUCUUCUUGUUCUUGAAGGGGUGUUUUCUUCUCUACAUCGCAGAGAUGCUCACCAAAACGGGUAUUUAUCUGACGGGACGCCUCCCCAAUGUAGUCUUACGGUCUACGUCGUAUUCCUACUUUGUUCCAUAUAGUUUAUCUUUCGAUUCUACUGUGCUAUUCUUUUCUUUGCCGGAUGAAAAGUUAAGCUUUUUUUUAUCCACUUUAUUCAAUGUUGGUUUGCAAAAUGAUAGCUUAUAAACAGCUAAAUAGCACCAACUUGUAACAAUAACAAAUAUAACAAAUAAAAGUAUCCAAUAUUAGAAAGAUAUGGUGUGCAUAGUCUACACGGGCAAGUAAGAUCCGUUUGUUUAAUUUUAGCUUUUAAUUCUUUAAAAUUUUUUGUCGAUCGAAUGUCUAGUGGUAUAGAAAUCCACAAUUCAUUACAUCUAUAGGAUAUUGUAUCUAGCCCAUAAGUAACAGUGUUCGGCUUUUUUGUAUAAAUGAUUGAUUUCGUAAAUUACCGUCUACUCUCGAUAAGUGGAACCUCCACGGGACCGAAAAAGAUGGCUCCAUUUAUCGAAUGUUCCACUUGUCCGAAUUACUCGAUAAGUGGAACCUCCAUGAAACCCAAAAAAAGUUCCACUUGUCGAACUUCUUCCUUGUCUGAUUUCUCUGGAGAACGGGGCAUUUACGAAUAAUGAAAAACUGGAGGAAAGGAACAAAAGAAAAGGCUUUAUAAGUAUUUAUGUUCCAUAUGAUGAUAUUUUUAAAGCAAUGUAGUUAUGCAAAAUAAUCUUUUAUACACGCUUGUUUUAGAGUUUGUGAAAGUUUCUUUUCAAUUAAUUUGGAAAUUUCCAUGGUA